AUGAAUAUGUUAGAUGAUGAAGAUGACCAAAGCUUUCACGCUACGCGUGCCGGCUACUCCCAUUUGAGCAAUGUCGAAUGGGAUGCGGUCGAACGAAUGGGUUCAACCAUGGGCAUCCAUGCUGUUAGCGUCAUGCUAGAGGCUCUCAAUAGAGAUGCCCAACAUGCUACUAUCGCCAAGUUCAUUCAAAAUGAACUUGACGCUGAACGCGAGAAAGUAGCCUUGCUUCACCAACAAGGUUCUCAACAAGCAGAGUUGUUGAGAGAACAGGGUGCUCAACAGUUUGAACUGUUGAGACAGCAGCAGGCUGCUGCUGGUGGGUCGAUGCACUCGCGUCGACCCGAGACCUUGAAGAUUGACAUCCCCAAGUAUAGGGGAGUCGAAGAGGACUCCCUCCUGAGAUGGUUCGUCGAAUUGGAUGACGCCAUAAGGGCGCGUCGCAUCGACGAUGGGGAAAUGCAAGUUGCAUUUGCCCAGUCAAAUCUGGCAGGACGUGCCAAGACUUGGGCUUUGGGGCUCAAGUUGCACGACCCAUAUGCGUUUGGGUCGUUAGAAGUCUUCAAGUAG